AUGUGGCCGUUCUCGGCCCGUCACCAUGGCCCAUGUGGGCCCGUCAUCUGGCCCGUCCCGUCCAUGGCCCAUGUGGCCGCCCAUGUGGCCCGUCUUCGGCCCGUGGCCCAUGGCCCAUGGCUGGCCCGUCUCUCGGCCCGUCCAUGGCCCAUGUGCCCGUCUCUCGCCCGUCCCAUGGCCCAUGUGGCCCGUCUCUCGGCCCGUCCCAUGGCCCAUGUGGCCCGUCUCUCGUCCGGCCCCCCGUGGCCCAGUGGCCCAUGUAGGCCCCGUCUCUCAUGUGGGCCCGUCUCCCGUCCCACUCGGCCCGCCCCAUGUGGCCCGUGGGCCCCGUCUCUACAUGGGCCCACCGUACCCAUAGCCCGUCCCAUGGCCCAUGUGGCCCGUGGCCCGUCCCUCAUGUGGCCGGCCCAUGUGGCCCGUCCCAUGGCCCCAAUGUGGCCGCCGUCUCAUCGGCCCGUCCCCAUGCCCGCAUGUGGCCGCGUCUCAUCGGCCCCCACCAUGUCCGGCGGCCCAUGUCGCGGGCCCGCCCGCUCGACGCUCGCGCCGGCGCCGCUGGCUCCUGCUUCUUCCUUUUUUUAUUAG